AAAAAAAAAAAAAGGCAGGAACAGACAGCAGAGUCACACAGGCUGUCUAACUCUACAGCAGCACAGUACAGCGGAUCUGCUGUGGAGGGAAGUACAGCAAACAGUACAUCACACUGAACCGCAUUCAUUUAUCUGCUGGAGAUCCUCUGCUUGAAGAAGAAGAAGAAGAAGAAGAAGGAGGAGGCUCUGUGAGCACCGCAGCAGCCUCCCCGGGAAAUAUUUCCACAGGAUUAACGAGAAGAAGACAAUUUCUGCUCGGUUCAUCAGGGGAACCCGCUGGAGAGACUCUCCUGAUGAUUGCUCAACCUAAUAAUAAAGAGGUGUUGUCCUGAUUGCUGUUGGUCCAGCACUGCUUAUCUGUAAGCAAGAUGUCGACCACCUCUGAAAACAGGAUGGAAGGGCCUCGCACCACGAGCCGAGAGAAAACCUACAAGAAGACCACGUCGUCGGCCUUGAAGGGAGCCAUUCAGCUCGGCAUCGGCUACACAGUGGGCAACCUCACCUCAAAGCCGGACAGAGAUGUUCUUAUGCAAGACUUCUAUGUGGUGGAGAGCGUCUUUCUACCCAGUGAGGGAAGUAACUUGACUCCUGCUCAUCACUACCCAGACUUCCGCUUCAAGACGUACGCUCCGCUGGCUUUCCGCUACUUCAGAGAUCUGUUUGGCAUCAAACCCGACGACUAUCUGUACUCGCUCGUAAAUGAGCCUCUGAUUGAGCUGGUCAACCCGGGCGCCAGCGGCUCGCUCUUCUACCUGACCAGCGACGACGAGUUCAUCAUCAAAACGGUUCAGCACAAAGAGGCCAAGUUUCUGCAGAGGCUGCUGCCUGGGUACUACAUGAACCUGAACCAGAACCCGCGCACGCUGCUGCCCAAGUUUUACGGCUUGUACUGCAUCCAGACGGGGGGCUUCAACAUCCGACUGGUGGUGAUGAACAACGUGCUUCCUCGCUCGGUCAAGAUGCACUACAAGUACGACCUGAAGGGAUCCACCUACAAGAGGCGAGCGUCCAGGAAGGAGAGGGAGAAAGCCCGUCCGACGUACAAAGACCUGGACUUUCAGGACAUGCAUGAGGAGGGGCUUUACUUUGACACAGAGACGUACAACAACCUGAUGAAGACCCUGCAGAGGGAUUGUCGGGUUCUGGAGAGCUUUAAGAUCAUGGACUACAGUCUGCUGCUGGGCGUGCACGUCCUGGACCACAGGGAGGUGGGGGAGCCGGGCCAGACGGGGGGAGACGGCAGGAGGAGCGUAGGUCAGAGGGUCCUUUACUCCACGGCCUUGGAGUCCAUCCAAGGAGACGGCAAGGCGGCCGAAGUCGUCACCACUGACGACACGAUGGGCGGCAUCCCGGCAAAAACACACAAAGACGAAAAGCUGCUCAUCUUCCUGGGCAUCAUAGAUAUUCUGCAGUCGUACAGAUUCAUUAAAAAGUUGGAGCAUUCGUGGAAAGCCUUGGUGUAUGAUGGUGAUUCGGUUUCUGUCCACCGGCCCGGGUUUUACGCCAGCCGCUUCCUCAAGUUCAUGAGCGUUCGGGUCUUCAGGAAGAAUCAGCCAAUUCGAUUCUCCCCCUCAAAGAGGACUCGCACCUCCAUCCCUGCUCUGAAGUCGUCCUCGCAGGAGAUCCUUUCAUCGCAGGCGGACGAGAGGCGCGAGGACGAGAGGAGGGACAGGCUGGGAGGGGCCCGCAGCCUGGCCAGUCUGGAUGGACAAGCUGUCUUUGGUUCGUUCCGGCGUCCCGAUCUGGUCCCUGCCAACCCGUCCUUCUACGACGCGUCCUCCAUGGGGACGAUCUCCACCUCCUCCAUCUAUGUCAAUGUGGAAAGCCAAACAGGAGAGAGGGAUGAUGUUGCAUCCAGCUCUACGUUCACGCUGGAGGACAGCGCCAUCUGCCUCACCUCGGAGCAGAGCACCGUAGAUGUGGACAUCGAUCGGGACGACGGAUCCGUUCUUGACGUGUACUUGUAAAAGCUUUACACCCUUCAUUUCCUCCUGCCACACACAAGACAAUCUCCACACUCCAUCGGAUGCUCCAGGCUGGAAGUCGGUCUCCACGCCGAGUUCUGCUCCAUCCUCAAUGCCAUUUGUUGUUUGCCAAUUCCAAAGGAAGACCCCUGAACGCCUCUCUGGUUGACGGACCUCUGCACAGUUGGAACAGUACCAAUGUGGCAUCUUUUAAAAAUGUGCUGAACUUCAGAUAGUGUUGCUUUUCUGCAGCAUGCAUCAAAGCAGCGCUAUUUAGUUUUUUUUUUUUUUUUUUUUACAUGUAUUUGUUUUUCAUUGUGCUCACCAAGAUUUCAUAGUGUAUCUAGAUAUACGAGGAUAUAUGCACAAGGAAAUGCUAGAUUAAUGUCAAACAUUUCUUUUCUGGUGGCCUGAAAGACUUUAAAUCUUCGCUGCAGCACAAGCUGCUGGUAAGAAAUGUUUACAGUGAAUUCAAAGAAGCAUCAAGACGGCUUCACGAAGGACCGACUCGCUUGAACAGACUUGAUCACGGAGCUCCUGAGGCCAAACACAGACUGCGACGUGGCCAAAUGUUCCCAACAAGGCGGCCAUUUGUGCCGCCUUGGAGAAACAUGAGAAAAGACCGUUUGUCGAUCUUGUAUGAGACACUUGCGCUUGGUAAAAAAAAAAGGCACUUUUGACACUGGUUAUGAUUGCUUUAAGAAAUGUUUUCUUUUCUCUGAGGACAUUGCUUAGGUUGGUGGUUCGCAGGACAAUAAGCACAGAGUUGGAUGUGUGAAAAUGCACUUUUUUUUUCUUCUUCUUUCCUCUACAAAUGCACAUGUGUUUUAUCAUUGACACUACAUGUAGAAACGAAGGAACAAACACUGUGGAUCAUGUACUACUAGUUUUGUGAGGUUGGCCUCGCGACUGGAGACGGUUCUGUUCAGGAAAACGUACGUCGUCCCGAAGAAGUCGAGACGUCCUUACCGCUGUCUGAUACCUCAUCAAGACUGUAGCCAACUGUAACUGUUCAACUCUACAAUCAAGACAGAUGAGAAUAAUUUAUUACACAACUCGUGAUAAUUCACAAUCUGCUGAAAUAAUAAUAAUAAAAACACUUUAAAUCACUGAAUGUAAAGAUGCAUAUUUAUGUACAGGAAAGCUUCCUAUAAAUAAACUUCUUUAAAAUUCA